CCUUCUUUCUUCUUCUUAUUUGUUGUAGAUAAUUUACCCACAUAUCAAAAGAAUUCCCCAAUCAACAAAUAUAAGAAGAAGAAAAUAUGCCUGUAGAUCUCCCACUCUACAAAGCAGAACCUAAUCUGUCUACGUCAAAGAAACCCAGGUCACGGAAACAACUUCUGCUUGGUCUGGCACUAGUGGGUGUACUCAUCGUACUCUACCUAAAUGCUCGAAUCAAUAUUCCUGGCAGUAUGUCAAACGAGCCUUCUCUUCACACAGACUUGGAUUCUCCCCAAGCCGUACCUCCCAAUCUUUCUCAACCGGGUGAUUCUUCUCCAGAUUCUUCAAAAUCUCAAAAGACAUCUCCAGAAUCAUCAUCAUCUUCAUCACAACCACAACAACCUCCACCACCUCCACAGGCACCGGCACCAGCAACACCAAAACCCGUCUCACCACAUUCCCAGCAUCACAAUGCACUUCCUCGUCCUUUCGAAGACGAAGGAGAAGUUACUAUCAACCCUACAUCCCACUACACACAGGUUGUUAUUAUUGCAUCCGAGGCCGAAGCUAUUGGCCGUCGUGGCCUUAUUCGUGAAAAGUAUUUUGGUUUGAGGGACAAUAUGCAACCUUGUAUGGUCUACAACGCCGAUAUAUACUACAAGUUCUGGAUCCACGGCGCCCAACCAGAGGCCGAUACUCCUCUUCGAAGAAGCUAUGAGUCUGAGAAGAUGGAGUGGAAUGAUAUGUAUGAGUCCAAGAAGAGCUUUGAGCAGAUAAACAUCUUGGCCUGGGCCGAAACCACAUUAGCAAAGCAAGGCAUUACCUAUGAUUACUUGAUUGUACAGGACAUCAACACUUUUAUGCAGCUAUCGACUAUCAAACGUGAAUUGGACACAGGCGUGAUCAGUGAGAACACCGAGUCUCCCUUUACUCUCAACACUGAUGCACCCACCAAUAUGGUCUGGGGUACAUUUGGAGGCGAGCCCCGCGACAAGCACGCAUUCGUGGUUGGAUCUGCAGCCGUCAAAUUGGCGCUUGGAAAACAAGCCGAGUUUGUCACUGUGUCAAAUAGCACCAACAUCCUGACGGCCAUGUAUGACUUUUACAAGCGAUUUGGCGGUGCACUCGAGAAGGCCGUCGACGAGUCUCUUGAGCCUGAGGCUGCGGCCGAGAUGCAAGAGCAGGCCAUUCCGGAGUUUGUGCGUGAAGACGGUCCCCAGGACACCCAGCGCUUCAUCCGCUGGGAGAACAACAUCGAGUCUGUGCAUGCCGAAGACAUCGUUGUCACCCACGUCUACCAGGACACCGAAUUUGAUGCUCUGGCCUACUGGACCUACCUCAAGCCACUGCUGGUGUGUCACCCAAAGGCUACGGCUGAGGCCCGCACCAAGCAGAACAAGCCUUUGAUUGCGCUCGUGACAUCGUCGUUUAUCUACGACGCCUGUAUGGAGCCCUCAGCCACACUCUCAGCCCUCAACAAGCAUGCCUACAGUCUUGAACACGGCUAUUCGUUUGUUGCCCGGUCGGCCGAAUUCGCCCAACAGGCUCUGCGUAACGACCGCAAGACGGUGUGGGGCAAAAUUGACGCAGUUGAAAAGGUCUUGCCAAAGUACGAGUGGAUCUUCUGGAUGGACAUGGAUGCGGUUGUGAUGAACCCCAAACAGAAGCUCGAAGAUAUCCUCAAAGAUGUUCGUAAACGAUACCCCAAGGGUCCUGCCGUGUUUGACUCGUCCAUUGACCUCGUCAUUGCUCGUCCAGGCCACGACCCCAUGAUUAAUGCCGGCGUGUUUUUGAUGCGCAACACACCCUGGGCCAUGCAGUUCUUGCGCGACUUGCAAGCCAUGACCAACUGGUACUUUACCGGCCCAUCGUAUGAGCAAGGCGCUAUGUGGGAGUUGCUCCAUCGCCCUGAACACGCCGAACAUGUGUUCUUGCUUGACCGUGACGACCACACCUUUAAUACCUUCCCCGAGUUUUAUCAGCCUGGCGACUUUGUGGUUCAUUUUGCGCCCGAUCGUUGUCCCAAUGAUGCCACUCUCUUUGGUCUUGAUGCAGCUGAUAGAAUUAGAGCUGGUGAAACCAUUCUUACCCUUGAAGAUAAGAAGAUAAAAUAAAAUAAUAUAUGAUACAUGUUAUAUGAUAUAUUAUAUAUGUAUUUAAUGCACAUAAACAGAUACAAGAAAUUUAAAAUGAAAAUAGUAAUAAUAACCGCAAUAAAGAAAAUCAAUUCACAGUUUACGAACCAAUGUUAUUUACCUUU